UCUCACUCCGAGCACGCUUCACAGCCUCCCUCCCUCCUUCUCUCUGUCUCUCUCCUUCUGGUGUGCUAAUGACCACUGAUUCAGUCAGCAACAGCAACGCGUAUACACACACACAAACACACAAACACACACAUACACACACACUCCAGCGCUCAGUGUUUGGAUGAGAGACAGAGCGUUUUUUUUCCAGAGGAGGCUGUUGGUUUAUUGAUCCUCCAGCUCAGCCCCAGAGAAGGAAUGAGCGACAGGAAGAGAAAGUCAUGCUCAGGAGAAACACUGCUGUUUGGACUUAGCUGUGUCUGACCUCAAGACCAACAGGACCUGUGAUGUUAUUUCUGUAGAGAAACUUUGCUCCACGCUUGUUCAGGAUGUCAAUGGAACGGAGGGCACUGUUGGAACAGAAGCAGCGGAGGAAGCGUCAAGAACCACUCAUGGUCCAGCCCAACACGGAGGCCUGGCCCCGGCGCUCCAGGACACGGCGCGGGGAGGAGCAGGCGCCACUAGUGGAGUUUCAACCCAGCAUCAUAAACGAUGUCAUCAUGGACGUAGGUAUUGAUGGCCCAGCAGCCUUCAUGGGCUCAGAAGCCCCUGAUCUGGGAACGAGAAUCCAGAUCCUCUCUGCGAGCCAAUCCCAGACCAAGUCCCAAACCCAGUCUCAGCCUCAAUCCAAGUCUGAGCCUCAGUUCCAGCUUCAAUCCCAGCCUCAUUCCCCUGCUUCUGAGGAGCCCGAGAGAGACAGAGACACUGAGACGCUGCUCGAGCCCAAGACGGAUAUCCACGAGUUACUGCAGAAACAAGAUGCCGCCAAGAUGCGUCCCAGCAAAAGUUGAAUCCGAUUCAAGUUGUUCGCAGCAUGGUGCUGAGCUGCUUUGUUGCUGUUUUAUUGCCUGGUCUCAUUCCCAGUUUUAGUAAACAAUGUUUGACAGUGCAACACAGGCUCAGUGUGACAUGAGGUGGAAAAAGUGAGGCUCAAAUAUAAACAAACACCGAAGAGAGGAGAGACGAGAGAAAGUUAUUCAGAUCAGGACGAACAGUCGUCUUAAUGAGUGUGUGUGGUGUGAAUCCAUUCUUAGUUAAUGUGAUCACAGAUCAGUAGAUCACACUCUGAAGCUUCUCCUGCUGCAGCGUGGAACAGAGAUGCAGACGUUGGUGUGAUUGACGGUGACGCAGUGAGAAAUGGGUCAUUUAAUAAUAGGGCAGAGCAUUGUUCACACUGCAGUCUACAGCAUCACUACAGCUCCUGCCAGCCACACUCACACCGCCAGCUGGCAGGGCUUUCCAUGGAAGGUGUCUUCAAAUCUAGACCAGAGUGGAUUGUGGGUUUUUUAAUCCACUUGCCACUGUAGACAAAUAAAGUUUGUCUGGAACAUCCUGACUUUCAUUA